GGAGACGACUCUGGUCUUCAAAGCCUCCAGGUCUUUCCAUACAGCUCCUGGCCAGCACUGUCCUUGGGUGCAGGUUUAUGACGAGGGGUGCUUCUCCAGCCCCCCUGCACCGGGACCCCGUCCUGCAGACUCCCGGGUUCCCCGCAGACCCUCCGCUCCUGGCCGUGCUGCUCAGGUGGCUGAGGAGUAGCUGGGACAGCUGGAAGUGUUCCCCACGCCGUACAGAGCCCUGACAACUUUCCUCCUGCAUCGGCUCCUUACCUUGCACGGAGACGUUCAGGCUCCUUUCGCUGCCAGGUGUUUCUGAGGCACUUUCCACCUGACAUCUGUAGCCUCUGGGGUCUGAGGAGAUGGAAGGAAGGAUGAACCACUUCAGUUACAGCACACAAGAGGUGAGUUGUGCCAGGAUGGCUGGUGUCACUGACCCCCCUCACCCAGGACGAUCUUUCCUGUGUUUGCACUGGUGAUGUUAUCAGAGCCGGGGGAAGAGACGUGUAACCCUAACUUGGUGUCAUUAAAGUUCGUUUUGGAAGUGGAUAACUGCUCAGGUUGCAAGAAUAACAAGAGCGCUGAGAGCCCAGUUUGUACGAGCCAUGGAGGAGUCUUCGCAGCCCCCGAAGCCCCUGGAGAUGAACCCUCACUCUCGCUUCAUUAUUGGCUCCGUGUCGGAGGAUAACUCGGAGGAUGAGACGAGCUCCUUGGUGAAACUCGAUCUGCUGGAGGAGAAGGAGAGGUCUUUGUCGCCCGCGUCUGUCUGCUCCGACUCCCUUUCCGAUCUGGGACUCUCUAACGCUCAGGAUGGCCUGGCGAGCCAUAUGAGGCCCAGCAUGUCUGGUUUGCACCUUGUAAAGCAAGGCCGGGACAGGAAGAAGGUUGACGUGCAGCGGGAUUUCACGGUGGCUUCUCCUGCAGAAUUUGUUACUCGGUUUGGAGGGAAUAAAGUUAUUGAAAAGGUCCUGAUAGCAAAUAACGGCAUCGCAGCAGUGAAAUGCAUGAGGUCCAUCCGCCGCUGGUCCUACGAGAUGUUCCGAAACGAGCGGGCGAUCAGAUUUGUGGUCAUGGUGACUCCCGAGGACCUGAAAGCAAACGCGGAGUACAUUAAAAUGGCAGAUCACUACGUCCCAGUUCCAGGAGGACCAAACAACAACAACUAUGCAAACGUGGAGCUCAUCCUUGAUAUUGCAAAGCGGAUUCCAGUGCAGGCUGUGUGGGCUGGCUGGGGCCAUGCGUCCGAGAACCCUAAGCUGCCAGAACUUCUCCACAAAAACGGGAUUGCUUUCAUGGGUCCUCCAAGCCAAGCGAUGUGGGCCUUGGGAGAUAAAAUUGCGUCUUCAAUAGUGGCUCAGACUGCCGGCAUCCCGACCCUUCCAUGGAGCGGCAGUGGUCUUCGAGUGGAUUGGCAGGAAAAUGAUCUUCAGAAGCGUAUCUUGAAUGUUCCUCAGGAACUAUACGAAAAAGGCUACGUGAAGGACGCCGAUGACGGGCUGCGGGCUGCUGAGGAGGUUGGCUACCCUGUCAUGAUCAAGGCUUCUGAAGGAGGAGGAGGAAAAGGAAUCAGGAAAGUUAACAAUGCAGACGACUUCCCCAACCUAUUUAGACAGGUUCAAGCCGAAGUCCCGGGCUCCCCAAUCUUUGUCAUGAGACUGGCCAAGCAGUCGCGGCACCUGGAGGUGCAGAUCCUGGCAGACCAGUACGGCAACGCCAUCUCCCUCUUUGGCCGGGACUGCUCCGUGCAGCGCCGCCACCAGAAGAUUAUCGAGGAGGCACCUGCUUCUAUUGCCACUUCAGUGGUGUUUGAGCACAUGGAACAGUGCGCGGUGAAGCUGGCCAAAAUGGUGGGGUACGUGAGCGCGGGCACGGUGGAGUAUCUGUACAGCCAGGACGGCAGCUUCUACUUUCUGGAGCUGAACCCCCGCCUGCAAGUGGAGCACCCCUGCACCGAGAUGGUGGCGGACGUGAACCUGCCGGCAGCGCAGCUGCAGAUCGCCAUGGGGAUUCCCCUCCACAGGAUCAAGGAUAUCCGAGUGAUGUAUGGUGUUUCUCCAUGGGGAGAUGCCUCUAUCGAUUUUGAGAACUCAGCCCACGUCCCCUGUCCCCGUGGCCACGUCAUCGCUGCUCGGAUCACCAGCGAGAAUCCCGACGAGGGAUUUAAGCCCAGUUCUGGUACGGUUCAGGAGCUGAAUUUCCGCAGCAAUAAGAAUGUCUGGGGCUAUUUCAGUGUUGCUGCUGCAGGAGGGCUUCAUGAAUUUGCUGACUCUCAGUUUGGUCACUGCUUCUCUUGGGGAGAAAACCGUGAAGAAGCCAUCUCAAACAUGGUGGUGGCUUUGAAGGAGCUGUCCAUCCGGGGGGAUUUCCGAACCACGGUGGAGUACCUGAUUAAACUGCUGGAAACAGAGAGCUUCCAGCAGAACCGCAUCGACACGGGCUGGUUGGAUCGGCUUAUUGCUGAGAAAGUUCAGGCGGAAAGGCCCGACACGAUGCUGGGGGUGGUGUGCGGGGCCCUGCACGUGGCUGACGUGAGCUUCCGAAACAGCGUCUCCAACUUCCUGCACUCUCUCGAAAGGGGCCAAGUCCUGCCUGCUCACACCCUGCUGAACACGGUGGACGUGGAACUCAUCUACGAAGGACGGAAAUACGUGCUGAAGGUGACCCGGCAGUCGCCCAAUUCCUACGUGGUCAUCAUGAACAGCUCGUGUGUGGAGGUUGACGUGCACCGGCUGAGCGACGGGGGGCUGCUCCUGUCCUACGACGGCAGCAGCUACACCACCUACAUGAAGGAAGAAGUGGACAGGUAUCGCAUCACUAUAGGCAACAAGACCUGUGUGUUUGAGAAGGAAAACGAUCCCUCUAUUCUGCGCUCACCGUCGGCUGGGAAGCUGAUCCAGUAUGUGGUGGAGGACGGGGGACACGUGUUUGCAGGCCAGUGCUUUGCAGAAAUAGAGGUGAUGAAAAUGGUGAUGACACUAACAGCAGGAGAAUCAGGCUGCAUCCAUUAUGUCAAACGCCCAGGGGCGGUGUUGGAUCCAGGCUGUGUGAUUGCCAAGCUCCAGCUGGAUGAUCCCAGCAGGGUUCAGCAGGCUGAGCUGCACACGGGUACCCUGCCGCAGAUCCAGAGCACAGCACUGCGAGGCGAGAAGCUCCAUCGCAUCUUCCAUUAUGUCCUAGAUAACCUGGUCAAUGUGAUGAACGGGUACUGCCUGCCAGAGCCCUACUUCAGCAGCAAGGUGAAAGGCUGGGUUGAGCGACUAAUGAAGACACUGAGAGAUCCAUCUUUGCCUCUGCUGGAACUUCAGGACAUCAUGACCAGUGUUUCUGGACGGAUCCCACCCAAUGUGGAGAAGUCCAUCAAGAAGGAGAUGGCCCAGUAUGCCAGCAACAUCACAUCAGUCCUUUGCCAGUUUCCCAGCCAACAGAUUGCCAACAUCUUGGAUAGCCACGCGGCCACCUUGAACCGCAAAUCGGAGCGUGAAGUCUUCUUCAUGAACACGCAGAGCAUUGUGCAGCUGGUGCAGAGGUACCGCAGUGGUAUCCGGGGUCACAUGAAAGCAGUGGUGAUGGAUCUGCUCCGGCAGUACCUCAAGGUGGAGACGCAGUUUCAGCACGGUCACUACGACAAGUGUGUCUUUACCCUUCGGGAAGAGAACAAAAGCGACAUGAACGCUGUAUUGAACUACAUCUUCUCACAUGCUCAGGUCACCAAGAAGAACCUGCUCGUUACGAUGCUCAUCGACCAGCUGUGUGGCCGUGACCCCACCUUGACAGAUGAGCUGAUUAAUAUUCUGACGGAGCUGACGCAGCUCAGCAAGACGACGAACGCGAAGGUGGCCCUGCGAGCGCGCCAGGUUCUCAUUGCUUCCCAUUUGCCGUCCUACGAGCUGCGUCACAACCAGGUGGAGUCCAUCUUUCUGUCCGCCAUUGACAUGUAUGGACACCAGUUCUGCAUUGAGAACCUGCAGAAACUCAUUUUGUCCGAGACAUCCAUCUUUGAUGUGCUGCCCAACUUCUUCUACCACAGUAACCAGGUGGUGAGAAUGGCAGCUUUGGAGGUAUAUGUUCGAAGGGCGUAUAUUGCCUAUGAGUUAAACAGCGUCCAGCAUCGCCAGCUGAGGGAUAACACCUGUGUGGUGGAGUUCCAGUUCAUGCUUCCCACCUCCCAUCCGAACAGAGGGAACAUCCCCACGCUAAACAGAAUGUCCUUCUCUUCCAACCUCAAUCACUACGGGAUGGUCCACGUGGCGAGCGUGAGCGACGUCCUGCUGGACAACUCGUUCACUCCGCCAUGCCAGCGCAUGGGCGGGAUGGUCUCCUUCCGCACCUUCGAGGACUUUGUCAGGAUCUUUGAUGAAGUGAUGGGUUGCUUCUGUGACUCUCCUCCGCAGAGCCCCACGUUCCCCGAAGCUGGCCAUGCUUCCUUGUACGAUGAAGACAAGGCUGCCCGCGAGGAGCCCAUUCACAUCCUGAAUGUUGCCAUUAAAACGGACAGUGACGUUGACGAUGACGGGCUGGCAGCGAUGUUCCGCGAGUUCACGCAGAGCAAGAAAUCCGUCCUGAUCGAACACGGGAUUCGGAGGCUGACGUUCCUUGUAGCACAAAAGGACUUCAGGAAGCAGGUCAACUAUGAGGUGGAUCAGAGAUUUCACAGGGAGUUCCCAAAGUUCUUCACGUUCCGUGCCCGGGAUAAGUUUGAGGAGGACAGGAUCUACCGGCACCUGGAGCCGGCUCUGGCUUUCCAGCUGGAGUUGAACCGAAUGCGAAACUUUGAUCUCACCGCCAUUCCCUGUGCCAACCACAAAAUGCAUCUGUACCUGGGAGCAGCCAAGGUGGAAGUGGGCACGGAAGUGACGGACUACAGGUUCUUCGUCAGGGCCAUCAUAAGGCACUCGGACCUGAUCACCAAGGAAGCCUCCUUUGAGUACCUGCAAAACGAGGGAGAGCGAUUGCUUUUGGAAGCCAUGGAUGAGUUGGAGGUGGCAUUUAACAACACCAAUGUCCGCACUGACUGCAACCACAUCUUCUUAAAUUUCGUGCCUACUGUCAUCAUGGACCCGUCGAAGAUCGAGGAGGCGGUGCGGAGCAUGGUGAUGCGCUACGGGAGCCGCCUCUGGAAGCUCCGCGUCCUCCAAGCCGAGCUCAAGAUCAACAUUCGGUUGACGCCGACGGGGAAGGCGAUUCCCAUUCGGCUCUUCCUGACCAACGAGUCGGGCUAUUAUUUGGACAUCAGCCUGUACAAAGAGGUGACGGACUCCCGGACAGGACAGAUAAUGUUCCAGGCAUACGGGGACAAACAGGGACCACUUCAUGGGAUGCUGAUCAAUACCCCGUAUGUGACCAAGGACCUGCUUCAGUCCAAGAGGUUCCAGGCCCAGUCUUUGGGGACAUCGUAUGUCUAUGACAUUCCCGAGAUGUUUCGGCAGUCUCUGAUUAAGCUCUGGGAGUCUAUGAACGAGCACGCGUUCCUGCCCACCCCGCCGCUGCCUUCCGACAUGCUGACGUACACCGAGCUGGUGCUGGAUGAUCAGGGCCAGCUGGUGCACAUGAACAGGCUGCCGGGAGGAAAUGAGGUUGGGAUGGUGGCCUGGAAGAUGACCCUGAAGACCCCCGAGUACCCAGAAGGCCGCGAUAUCAUUGUCAUUGGCAAUGACAUAACCUACCGAAUUGGUUCUUUCGGGCCUCAAGAGGACGUGCUGUUCCUGAGGGCGUCAGAGCUUGCCCGAACACACGGCAUCCCCCGCAUCUAUGUGGCUGCCAACAGCGGAGCCAGGAUUGGUUUGGCUGAGGAGAUUCGGCACAUGUUCCACGUGGCUUGGGAAGAUCCCGAUGACCCAUACAAGGGAUACAAGUACUUGUACCUGACUCCUCAGGACUAUAAGAAAGUCAGUGCCCUGAACUCAGUUCACUGUGAGCAUGUGGAGGACAACGGAGAGUCCAGGUAUAAGAUAACAGAUAUUAUCGGAAAGGAAGACGGACUUGGAAUAGAGAACCUCAGAGGAUCUGGCAUGAUUGCUGGAGAAUCAUCUUUAGCCUAUGAGAGUAUUAUCACCAUCAACUUGGUUACAUGUCGGGCAAUUGGAAUUGGCGCUUACCUUGUUCGGCUGGGCCAGAGGACCAUCCAGGUUGAGAACUCUCAUAUCAUCCUGACUGGCUGCGGAGCCCUCAACAAAGUGCUUGGACGGGAAGUUUAUACCUCCAACAACCAGCUGGGCGGGAUCCAGAUCAUGCACAACAACGGAGUGACGCACAGCACGGUGUGUGAUGAUUUUGAAGGAGUUUACACGAUUCUGCAGUGGCUUUCCUACAUGCCCAAGAGCGUGUACAGCCCUGUUCCCAUCCUCAGAGUCAAGGAUCCCAUAGACAGACCCAUCGAGUUCGUUCCUACCAAGACCCCGUACGACCCUCGCUGGAUGCUGGCCGGCCGCCCCAAUCCGAGUCAGAAAGGACAGUGGCUCAGUGGGUUCUUUGACAAUGGCUCGUUCCUGGAAAUCAUGCAGCCCUGGGCACAGACAGUUGUGGUUGGCAGAGCAAGGCUGGGGGGAAUACCUGUCGGAGUAGUUGCCGUAGAAACGCGGACGGUGGAGCUCAGCAUCCCCGCUGACCCGGCAAACCUGGACUCGGAGGCCAAGAUAAUCCAGCAGGCUGGCCAGGUGUGGUUCCCUGACUCUGCCUUCAAGACCGCGCAGGCCAUCAAUGACUUCAACAGAGAGGGGCUGCCGCUCAUGGUCUUCGCCAACUGGAGAGGCUUCUCUGGUGGCAUGAAAGACAUGUACGACCAGGUGCUGAAGUUCGGUGCCUACAUUGUGGAUGGUCUGCGGGAAUAUCGGCAGCCUGUGCUGAUCUACAUCCCACCGCAGGCGGAGCUCAGAGGGGGAUCCUGGGCUGUGAUCGACCCCACCAUCAACCCUCGGCACAUGGAGAUGUACGCGGACCGCGAGAGCAGAGGAGGAAUCCUGGAGCCAGAGGGGACGGUAGAGAUCAAGUUCCGCAGGAAGGAUCUGGUGAAGACGAUGAGGCGAGUGGACCCGGUGUACACGCGGCUGGCGGAGCGCCUGGGGACCCCCGAGCUGAGCCCGGCCGAGCGCAAGGAGCUGGAGGCCAAGCUGAAGGAGCGGGAGGAGUUCCUGAGCCCCAUCUACCACCAGGUUGCCAUGCAGUUCGCCGACCUGCACGACACGCCCGGGCGGAUGCAGGAGAAAGGAGCCAUAACCGACAUUCUAGACUGGAAAACUUCCCGCACCUUCUUCUACUGGAGAUUAAGGCGACUUCUUCUGGAAGAUGUGGUCAAGAGGAAGAUCCACGCCGCCAACCCCGAGCUGACGGACGGGCAGAUCCAGGCCAUGCUGAGACGCUGGUUUGUGGAAGUCGAGGGGACCGUGAAGGCGUAUCUGUGGGACAGUAACAAGGACCUGGUGGAGUGGCUGGAGAAGCAGCUGACGGAAGAAGAAGGAGUUCGCUCAGUCGUGGAGGAAAACAUCAAGUACAUCUCCCGGGAUUACAUCCUGAAGCAGAUCCGGAGCCUGGUCCAGGCCAACCCCGAGGUCGCCAUGGAUUCCAUCGUGCACAUGACCCAGCACAUAUCGCCCACCCAGCGAGCCGAGGUCGUGCGGAUCCUCUCCACAAUGGACUCGCCUUCUUCAACGUAAGAGCAUCGAUCUCCCGCGCACCCCCUGCCCGGUACAGUGCAGAUAAAAAGAAAGAAGCUCAGAAUUGCCCUUUGUCUGCUCGACUGCGCCCGCUGUACCGAGACGGGAGGCUUGGGGAAACACUGGAAGAGUGACAUUUCUAUUUUUCCAGCUCAGACUGACCAGAGGAAGUGUGUUCUUUGGCCAGAGACACGAGGAAAAUGUAUAAACACAAGCGCCUGCGGAACUGAGUUACAGCUGUCUUAACUGUACCUUAUUUAUUUAACGAAGCGCGACUGGACCAACGCAUCGGUUGGCUGUUGGGCUGCCAGGCAAUGACAGGUGCUGCAGCACCGUGAGCUCUUGGCGUAGCAAAGCGGGGCCUCGUUUAAAUGAACACCCCCGUGUCCCCGCCCGCUUCUCUUUGUGCCCCCCGGCAGCAGGUUCGUGCUGACAAGUGCCAACGUCCCCCCGAGCACGUGGCUGCAGCCGGGGACGGGCUGGGAGCCCCAGAGCCUCCCCACGGAUCAGCCUCUCGUCUCCGUCAGCCAGUGGGGAUUUGGAUUUCAAACGUCUUGUCUUGUUCUGGAGUCGCAGAGGAAAAGCCACAUUUGAGGCAGGGCUGUCCCGCAGCCCGGGCAGGCUCCUGGGCUGCCCAGGACAGUGACAGGGGCAGGAUUUUGGGGGCUCGGUCCCCACUCGCUUUGCCUUUGUGCCCCAUUGCUGUAGAGUAGGUCAGUAAACUGUGAAAGGCCCUUCUAGGAGGAGACCAAAACUCAGCUGCCCAGCCUCCUCCCUCCCCACUUAUUUUGAGGGAUAACACACAGGCAGCCCCACUGUUGUGUAUCUGUUGUGUAAGUGCCGGCCCUUCCAUGGGAGUGCGGGGCUGAAGCAGAAAUACAGCUGCCAGGAGACAGGAGGGGAAAGGACGGAGCCGAACACCCCGAUGGGGCUGGAGCUGUACAAGGAAAUCUCAAGUCUAACCCCCCGAGCAAAGUUUUCCAUCACCCCUGCCCAGAGCCGCCUGCGCCGGCCGUCCCCGUGCGCUGGGGAAGGGGCCGCCGGGAUUCAGGUAAAGCACCAAAAUAAUGCUACUUUUGGUGAUCCCCCUCCUCAGCACCAGCUGGAUCUCCCCUGUCCCAGCGGUGACUUGGCAGCCGGUCGGAGACGUUGUCACGGUGGCUGUUGGUGGAGUACUGGAGAGCUGACACCAAUGAUUGUCCUAAAAGUGUUCUGGAUUUCACAGUUCUUCCAGAACAGUGAAUCGGAGGGGAUGUUUUUAAUCAGAGAACUAAUGAACGAUGAUGCCGGAGCCUCGCACCUGCGCCAUCUGCACAUGCGGUGCCAGUGGAGCACUGACAUGGCAGGGAUGAGAUUUUCUUAAGAGUUAAGAACCCAAAUUUGGUUUAAGAGGCUCUUUUUUUCCCCUCUAGAGCCCCCUGAACAACCCCCAGAGAUGCUUUUACUUACACCAGUGUGGGCUGCGGCAGGACAGACAGACAGACAGACAGACAGACAGACAGCGUCUCCAGGCAGGAUGCUCGGGGGCUUCGUGGCGCAGGUGACUCAUGAGGGGUAAAGUGGCUCCAAAACAACAGCCCUCAGGCACCGUGGGCUGAAAUCCAAGUCCAGCACCGGCGCGGGGGCCCCGGGGCAGCGUCAGCCGAGGCCCCGGCGGGACGGGCGCUGCGGGGACACCCCUCGGUACAGACGGUUCUCGCUGGUGCUGAAGUAUUUCACUUACCUCAACUUCUUUUAAUAAAAAGAACGAAUGACAGCGCUGUUGCUGGGAGUGGAAAUCUGUCCCCCUUGUCCCGAGCAGCUCCGCUUCACCCCGGGGAGAGCGAUGGGUUCCCGGGGGUGUCCCCCGCUCCCCACGUUAAAGCUGAGUUUUGAUGUGACGUGUUCAAUCGAAGCACGUUAGCAAACGCACCUCCAGCAGUUCUUCUAUUCACACAUUUCUCAAAGCAGAACCCUGAUGGUUAAAAAUCCGGAUCACCUUAAGAACCAUCAUCUAAUUGGGGGAGGGUGUGAGGGGACGGACCCCACUGAACUCCAGAAACGCAUUCAAAACUCUUUAGCCUAAAAUAUCUACAUAUUAAAAUGCCAAGAAAAGAAGUACCAAAGCUGUAAGCUCUCAAAAGCCCAAGAUCAAAGUGCCGUCAUCUUUUAAUGUAAACCUUUUGUUGCAUCAACAGUCUUAAGAGGGAUGAGAGACAUCAAAAUAAAAACUGAGACAAACUGUG